AUGGCUGACCGUUUGUGCAAUAAUUUUGAUACUUUGUGGAAGAUUUUUCCCGAUGAAUUGAAUAAUUCUGGAAAUUAUAAUUUUCCAAAUGGAUUAUUUAAGAAAUAUUGUUCUAGUGAAAAAUGCGAGGGUGAUGUCAAUAUAGUUAACGCUGGUUGUUUAUGGUUAUUUAAUGAAUUUUUCGGUAAAACUGGUACUUCAUCGUAUCAUGAUGUUUAUAAGGAUGUGACUAUGUGUAUUAUGAUAUGGUUAAGUUAUAAAUUAAGUCUAAAGACAUUUAAUAACAUCACCACAUUAAAGGAUUUUUAUUCUAAUUAUAUAGAAAAUAACAAAGAGUACACUAAGGAUAAACUUAAUGAUGAAACGUAUAGCAGUUAUAAGGAAAUCAUAGAUGAAAUAAAGGAAUAUAUGAAUAUUGAUAUUAUUAAUAUUUCUAAAUUUUAUAAAUUACUUAAAUUAUUAUGUGAUAUGAAUACUUCUUAUAAAAAUAAUAAUAGUAGCAAAAUUUCAGAAGAUGGUAAUAAAUUUGUUGAUGAAUAUCAAAAACUUUUUGAUGAUGAUAAUAAUAAUGGUGACAAUUCGUACAAUAAAGUAUUACUUGUUUUAUCCAAUUGGUAUAAUAAUUUUGGAAAAGGCACUCGUUAUAAUAAUACAUCAAUAAAUCUUACUCCAUUACCAACAAAAAAAACACCCAAAAAAGAUAAUGUAGAAAGUUCUAAAGAAACUAAAACAACUGAAUCCUCGAAUGAAGCAGGAAAAUCAGAUAUUGCAACGAUAACUCUAAGUCAAAAUACUGCAUUAUCAGAUUCAUCACUAGUAAGUAAAUUAAUUAUAGUUUUAUCGAUAUUUGGUGCAAUAGCAAUUUUUUUAGGAAUUUCUUAUAAGUAUUCGUUAUUUGGAUUUCGGAAACGAUCUCAAAAACAUUUAAGAGAAAAGCUAAAAAAAUAA